AUGAUAGAUAAUGUAUUAUUAGCCUGUGUUCUUAGUGUUGCAGCUGAUUAUGAGUGCUUGCAAAUUGGCAAUCAACUUCAUGCUACUGUGCUUAAGUUGAAAUGUGAAUCAAAUCCUUAUAUAGUCCAUGCUUUGAUUGAUAUGUAUGCAAAGUGUCGGUCUAUGGGAGAUGCUCUGAAACUGUUUCAACAGAUUGGUGGUAAUCGGAUUCAGCUUUCGUGGACUAUAAUGAUAUCUGGUUAUGUUCAUAAUGGAUCCUCUGCAAAAGCUCUCCAAUUUUUCUACAACAUGAACAGAGAAGAAGCCAUUUCUGCUGAUUCUGUUGCAUGUGUCAGUGUUCUCAUGGGAUGCACUGAUUUGCAGGCUAUUGAUCAAGGUGAACAAGUUCAUACUUUUGUGAUAAAAUCAGGUUAUGAAGCUGACAUCUUAGUCCAGACUGCAUUGUUUUCUCUCUAUUCCAACUGUGAAUGCUCAAAGAUGGGUUCAAACCAAAACCAAUUUACUCUGGCAAGUGCUUUAACUGCUGCUUCUAGAGCAACAUCAACACAAACUGGGAAGGUACUUCAUGCUCUUGUUAUAAAAACAGGACUAGACACCAACACUUCUGUUGGACAUGCUCAGCAUGGAAAUGUGACUGAGCUUCUGAGCAUUUUUGAGGAAAUGCUCAAUCAUGAGCUGAAGCCUGAUAGCAUUACAUUUCUUGCUAUUCUUAAUGGUUGCAGCCAUGAGGCAGUAAACUUUAUCCAGGGAACCGGGUGCAAAGCUGGUCCUGAAAUACUGAGGGUUUUCAUCAGUUCUUGUGCAACUGCAGGGCUUGUUCAGUUAGGUUUGGCCGCAGCUGCAAGGAUGGUUGUUUCAGGUUUAACCAAUAAUUCAGCUCAUGUGCUGUUGUCUAAUCUAUAUGCACUUGAUGAGAAAUGGAUUGAUGCAAGACGGAUCAGAGAAGCAGCACAAACCGAUCAUACAUACAUCAAAGAAGCUGGUAAGAGUUGGAUUUCAUGUUAA